GUUGGAUUGUCUGUGGAGUCUAAGGAGAUCUGUCAGUGUCAUUGUAUUUACAUUAUUUAUUUGAAUUAUUUAGUGUCAAAUCGUAUUAAAACCAUAACAUGAAUAAAAGCCAUGAAACUUUAAAAAUGCACGAACAUCAAAAGCAAACCUGGAUAGAAUUAAUCGAAAAUUACAAGAAUUUGACACUGUUAUGGGAUCCAAAGCACACAGACUAUUCGGACCAGCGAUUGCGUCAGAAAGCCUACGAUAAAUUGCUCAAGAUAUACAAAACAAUUGAUAGCAAAGCCACCUUGUCACACUUUAAAAAGAAAUUUGAUAAUAUGAGAACUACAUACAACAGAGAGAGAAAAAGGAUGAAAGGAUGUAAAGUAGAGGGAGUAAUUUACACACCAAAUUUAUGGUAUUUUAAGCAUCUCAGCUUCCUUGAUAAGAUACUGGAGACACCGGAGGAGAGUGAAAGAUAUUUUCACUUCAAUAGGUAUGAUAACAAGAUUUAUUUGGAGACGUCCCCAUUGAAAAGGAAACGGGUUGCUAUUAAUAGUUCAAGUACACCGAAAUCACAGUCUGUCAAAGUCAAACCUGAAUACUAUCUAAAUAUAGAGCCUAUUCAGUCUUCUGGAGAGGAAAACACCCAAAAUACAUCACCAUCACUACCAAGUCAACUCCGUAUCAAGGUUCAAUCACCACGCAUCCAGAACACAUUUAGCUUGCGGGACGUGCAGGAAAACAAAAAAAGUCAAAUGUCACCGGACAACCGACUCCGAGAUCUUCUGCAAAAACAAGAAAACUUUGUGGGCACUGUCAGCCAAAUGCUGACCAAGGAACAAGAAGAUUGGGAGGUUAUAGGCAAAUCUAUAGGCCUACAACUAUCCAGUUUAGAAGAGAAACAAGGAACCAUUGCUAGAAAGUUGAUAAAUGAUGUAAUUUUCUUCGGGAGUAUGGAUAAAUUGACUGUGGAGUCAUACAUUAAUGUAAAUGAAAUGAUCUCAGAUAAUGAUGAGAAAGAACAUUUUGUAUAUGUUGAUUCAUCUAGUUAGGAAUAAUUUAUGAAUAAAUAUGGUUUUGACAUUUA